UAAAGGUGUGCGGCAAUUACGUCCUCCCAGGAGGACUGCCCCACCGAAUGGAGCCUUGAUAUUGUACUGGUGGCUCUCACGAAGGCCCUGUUUAUUUUUUUAGAUCAUAAAAAUAAAAACUAUUAAAUGGUUUAUUAUAGUAAUCGUUAACUUUUAACAUAAUAAAAACAUGGAAAUGUAACUUGCUUUCCAAAGAAUCGAUUCAUCUGGCCACAAGGUUCCAAAAUUAUGAUUACAAAUACGGUUAAAUAAAAUCUUUAGAAUGUAAAAUGUCUAUACAAUAAACUAUAAAUAAAUAGCACUAUAGACAAUGAAGCAAGCAAACGCGAUCGCAAAAAUAAAGGAGAUAAAAACGCAGGCAGACUCAAGAUUGAAACGUCUUGAAAAAUGAGUUGCUGCUGCAGACAGAGAGUUCAACAAGUGAAGGCUGAAGACUAAAGAGACAGCACGAUGACCGGCCACUGCCCUACGCUGGCCCUGGUGCUCCUCUUCCUCCAGCCUUCCUCGCAGUUCUGGCUCUUCAAUGUCAUCUUCCCUCCCAGCCCCGAGCCCGUAGGCCCCAAGGUGAACGACACAUCCCCCCUCAUUCUGGUGCCUGGCAAUCUGGGGAACCAGCUGGAGGCGAGGAUUGACAAGAUCGAUCUGGUGCACUGGCUCUGCUACAGCAAGACAGAGGAUUUCUUCACCAUCUGGAUCGACCUCAACAUGUUUAUGCCUAUAGGGAUUGACUGCUGGAUCGAUAACAUCAGAAUAGCAUACAACCGAACAACUCGCAAAACAUCCAAUGCACCAGGGGUGGAAAUCCGAGUUCCAGGAUUUGGGAAAACUUACUCUGUGGAAUUUCUGGACACCAAUACAUUAACAGGGUAUCUCCACACAAUGGUGGAGCACUUGGUAAACGCAGGUUACGUCCGUAAUGAAACGAUUCGAGCAGCUCCCUAUGACUGGAGAAUUGCUCCCAAUGAGCAGGAGGAGUACUUUGGGAAGCUAAAAGCCCUGGUGGAGGAGAUGUACAAGGAGUAUGAGAGACCUGUCUACCUGCUUGGACACAGCAUGGGCAGCAAUUACAUCCUGUACUUCCUGAACCAGCAGUCUCAGGACUGGAAGGAUCUCUAUAUCAAGGGCUUCAUCUCACUGGGGGCUCCCUGGGGUGGGGUCAUCAAACCGCUCAGGGUCCUCGCUUCCGGUGAAAAUGACGGAAUCCCGCUUGUAUCCAACAUCAAAAUCCGAGAGGAGCAGCGAAUGACCACCACCAACCCCUGGAUGAUCCCCAGUGACCUGGCCUGGCCGACUGAUCACGUCUACAUCUCCACACCCACCUACAACUACACCUACCAGGACUACCAGCGCUUCUUCAACGACAUCCACUUCGAGGACGGCUGGUACAUGUGGAAUGAUACCAAGGACCUCCUCGCAGGGCUGCCCACGCCUGGUGUAGCAGUGUACUGCAUGUACGGCACGGGGUUGCCUACCCCUGUCACCUACAUCUAUGAUGAUAACUUCCCGAACGCGGACCCCGUUGACAUCCUGUACGAUGAUGGGGAUAACACUGUCGGCUCUCGCAGCAUGGAGCUGUGCAAGCUCUGGGUAGGAAAGCAGAAGGAGCCGGUCCACAUCAUUGAGCUGAAUGGCACGGCUCACCUGGACAUCGUCUUUUCUAACAUAAGCCUCACGUACAUCCAGGAGAUACUGCAAGGGAGCUACAAAGGGCCUUAAUAAACAAACCACCUUGUCCCCAGAGCCAGGACUUUACUCAGACCAGUUUAAUACCUACCUGUAGUCUAAAUAUUAUAUCAGUCCAGUAUUCACCUACAUUAUCCUUUCUAUCAUUAAGAAAUUAGACCAAUACUGUUCUGUGCUACUCAGUCACAGUAUAAAACACUUCAGAAGUGAAAUAUCAGGCCAUAUACCUAAAUACCUCCAUGGUUUAAAAAAUUAGUAUCAGGGCUAUGAAAAUCUAACAGUGCCAUUGUCUAUUUCCUGUAUAUCUGUCUAUAAAAAUAUAUCAAAUGCCAGGGAGGGUCCUAUUUGAACAAUUAAAAAAAAUAAUAACAAUGAAGUCACUUGUCAAAGCAGUUGUCUAAAUAUAAAUUUGACAGUGUUUUUGAAGUUAUUGCUCAAUGAAUUACCUCUGGCAUGGCAAGAUCUGUUCAUCACGAAUAUAAACUGUUAUUAGUACAAUUUUAAAAUGCUGAAAGAAAAUUUAUAUAUUAAGUGACAAAUGCUUUGACAAGAAUUAUUUUUUAGUAAUUGGUGACAUUGAAAAAGUCGAAGAGUUUGUCAUUUAAUUAUUUAUAGUAUUUUUAAAUUUAGUACUGUUGAGUGUUCAAAAAAACAUGUGUUAAGAUACAAUACCUGUAUAGUACUAACAGGCAGAAAGCAGAUUUAAAGACUGCAUUUGGUUUUAAACCCCAUUCAUCGCUUAACAUACCAGUUACCUAUCAUACUGGUUUACAAAAAUACCCAUUAAACUGCUAACUAGGACUUACAUGAAGAAUAAAUUAAGGUUAUUUUAUUUGAAUUAAAAGUUGUUUUUUCUGAUACUGAAUGUGCUGGUGGCCAUUUAAAAAAAAGUUUUUUUUAUUCUAAGCUUUUUUUUCUCUUCAUCCUAUUUUUAUUAAAGUUUUCAUUAAUGCUUACUCCCAUUAGGCAGAGCAACAAUCAUUUUCAAAAUGUAUACUUUAAUUUGAUGGUGUUUGGGAUCAUUCUCAAUGGUUCUUUGUUAGAAAGCAAUUCAACUGACAUUUUAAAUUGCCAUAAUUCACGUAAUCCCAGUGAUAGUGACUUUGCUGUGAUUGGUGUGUGAGUGAAAAUCAAUAAAGCUUCAGUAAACUUUA